CAGACCGCGGCUUGCAGGCAGCCUUUGCUGGUUGCAGUUCGAUAGCGGCAUAGACCGCCGCCUUCCGUCUCCUCCCGUCCCGUCCCCGGUGUCCGCCCCAUCUCCGUCGCCGUCGCGUAAUCUCCGGCCGCUGCCGCGCUCCCACCCUCCAUGGCGGCCAAGCAGGCGGCGGCGGGCGAAGCCCUCGCGGCCCAAAUCAACGCCAUGUCCCGUUCCGAGAUGUACGACAUGAUGUCAAAGAUGAAGACCUUGAUCGACCACGACCAGGAGACGGUGCGCCGCAUGCUCGUCGACAACCCGGACGUCACCCGUGCGCUCUUUCGGGCACAAGUAGUACUUGGAAUGGUGAAAACGCCUAAAACUGCACAACCUUCAGACACAGUCCAACCCACAGCAGCGCCGACAGCACCUUCGUCAGUUAAAGCUACAGCGCCAGAUCAUGUCAGCUUGCCUCCACCACUAUUACCUGCUAACCAGCAGAGUGUUGCUCAACAUUCUACCCCAUUUCCAUCUGGUCCAUCUAAUGUGGGAUCAACCAUGGACCUUCCUACUAUGUCAGCAAAUCCACCACAAGCAGCACAAGCAAAAGGAUAUCCUAUUCAUCAGAUGCCUUCAUCGAUUCCUCAGUCAUCUCAGCAUCCAAUGACCCUACCUCAUGCUCCUCCGCAGUAUUCUAAUCUUCCAUCACAUAUGCCUAUAGUUCAUAGUCAGCCACAGCAACCUUUGCAAAAUCCUGGAAUGUUUAAUCAACAGUUCCAACCUCCUUUGCCCCAGAUGCCUAGGCCACAGUCCAUGCAGUCCUUUUCACAUCAGAUGCAUCCGCAAGUGCCAAAUUCAUUUGGUUUGACUCAUGGAAAUGCUCCUCAGCACAUUUUACAACAACAGAUGUUUCAUCCAGGCGGGAACCCUCAAACUUUGCAGCCAGGCGGGAACCCUCAAACUUCUUUCCUUGCUGGCCAACCACCAUUGCCUAGCCAGCCACCACCACAGCUAUACCCGCAGGCUAGUUCACAUUACAAUACUCAAAGCACAACGCCCAUGCAAGUUGAUAGGUCAGCUCCGUGGGGACGGGGCCCAGAAGCGCCUGCUGCAGGCUCCCAUUUCCCUGGACAGUUACCCGGGUUGCCCGGACAAAUGGCCCAAGGAAUUGGUGGUAUCCAGGCAGGACAAGCACCUCUGACGCCCGAGAUGGAGAAGAUGCUCGUCCAGCAAGUCCUGGGCAUGUCUGCUGAGCAGAUCAACAUGCUCCCUCCAGAACAACGGCAACAGGUGCUUCAGCUACGGGACAUGCUACGGCAGUGAUAGAUCGGCAGCUGACUGGGUAGAAGAGUUUCAGUUCCCUGCCACAGAGAGCCCUUGCUCAGCUUUGCUGGGCGCCUGAUUGGCAUCCCGACUAGUCUGCAGCCUACCUUGCAGACGUAAUUGUAGAAUGCUAGUCCUUGUUGUUUCUAGACGUAAUUGGACAUCCGUGCUAUGCUUUGGCUAAUAGACGCAUGUUUUGGCCCUGUUUUCUCGACCCGUAUGUUUUGUUUUGCCAUUUCAAUUUCAAAGUUGUGUAGUCUUUAGAUGAUAGAAGUAUUAACUCCCGACAUAUGUAUCAACUAGGAUGCACACAGCUGAGCCUUGUUAAAUUGUUGGUUGAAGCAUUAGUAACCUUUUUGGAUCGUGAUUCUUGUUU